UCUGCUACCGAAUUCGGACAAGGCGUCUUUCUGGGCUAUCCCACACAUCUUCGCACCUUAAAUAGUUCUCCGUUUUUCGCUCCGUCUUUCGUUUGAGAUAUCCCUUCCUUUGUUUGCUUAGGAGCCGAUGAUUGACGACCCCAAAUCAUUGGGCAACGAGCUCAACUCAUACAACGUCGCUCAACUUCAAUUCGCCCUAGCCGACUCUAAAACUCAUUAUAUCAACGACUCUUCUUCACUUCUUGCUUCACCAGCACUAAUGCCCACAGAUCUCGACUACGAUUCUCGUCGAAUGUCCAGCUCGGGUACGUCUACUGCCGACACAGACAGUAGUAUUGUCUCCCGUGCAGAAAAACGGCCCAUGACGCCCUCGGAUUCACCCGAACCCAAGAAAUCUCGUCCAGCACUUGAUGUGGAUCCGUCUAACUGGGAAAUCAAAUCCGAGGACGCUAAGGUCCAGCUGCCGUCUAUCUUCACUACGUUCGAAGACGAUAACACUCUACGACCGCCUGCGAAUGAAUUUCGCCGUGCAUCUUUACCCACCUUGACAUCAGACCGUAUCAGGCAUUCGCCAUAUCCUCCGCCGAGUCUUCGUCAGUCGUAUGCUCCAACCACACAGUCUUCUCUUGCCGCGUACACUUUCCCCCCUUCGAAUCCUGCAGAUGACGACAAGAAUCGUUCAAAGGUUUCUACCGAUUUAUCCUAUAGUAUCACUGCAGGAUAUGAUUCGUAUCCUACUCCUGGCCUUUCCACUUCUUCCAAUUACGGUUCCCCUUCAGAUUUUAACCCUGGGGCUUAUCCAGAUGCGGACAGCAAUUGGCACAGCUCUCCCUCCGGAAUCGUGAGACCUAAUUCGACUCCCGGUCAACUUUCCGCUCCGGCCGUAAAAUACGAUGAAAGUUUACGCCAUGCGUCAUUUAGCGCCCCAACACAGGCACACAUGUUCGCAGGUUCGGCUCGUAUCUCGGGCCAUCAAGAUCGCAGGUCAUUCUCUGCGGGCAUAAAAACCGAGUGGAAUUUUCCCAACCCGGAUUUCCUUCCUCCUAGUGUCCCUCAAUACACUUCUCCCCAGAUGCCACCUGCGCCCUCAUCUGCUUCGCGCCCAUCGCAAUCUGUAUCUACCUCCACUCUGGUAGACCGCCCACAGCGUAAAAGGGGCAAACUACCAAAAGAAACCACGGACUUCUUGAAAGCCUGGCUUCACCGUCACUCCGAUCAUCCUUAUCCCAGCGAGGAGGAGAAAAAGCAGCUUUGCCAUGCCACUGGUCUUUCGAUGAGCCAGGUUUCGAACUGGAUGAUCAACGCUAGACGUCGUAUUCUUGCUCCUGCCCGACCUUCGACUAACCCCACAACGACCGCUCCCUUUCCUCCGACUGGUCGAAGCACUUCGCUCUCCGGCCUUCUUGAUCCAUUAGGCCGGCGCGCAUCUUUACCCGCGACUACUCCUGAUUCCUUGAAUCUUUACCACCCAAUGUCGCUUCCCUCGAUGCCCGGUGGUCAUUCCUCUGAUUACAUUGGUUCGGGCAGGAUACAUGGCUUACCGCAACCUCGGCCACAUCACCAUCAGAUGCCCGGCGGGAACCUCGAUUACCCUUCAACAGGAGGUCGUAAUAUGAACAUUUAUCCCAACUCGAUGCAACAGUCAUAUAUGAAUUCUUCUGUUCCAAUGUCUGCCCCACCAUCGCUCUCCGGAAAUCCGUUCUCUACUCAGGGCGGAAAUCAGUCGAUGUACUCGAAUAGUGCGGGAUAUCUUCAUAGUCCUCGUCUACCGGCUCUAGGUCAGGAUCAACCGCAUUAUUUCAGCGACGGAACUCCGCCCAAUAAUGGAUCUGCCCCGGGUUCAGGAUAUGGUACUCCUCAAUAAUGGCCUGGAAGUUGGGACUCUGUUCCUGGUGCACAAAAAGAUUCAAAUAGCAUUUGUACUUAGUCUUGCGCAUCUCUUGUUAAAUGUCUCGCAUUAUUUAUUUGCAGUGGGCGACCAUCGACAAUUGUGUCUUCAUUUUGUUCCAUUCCUUUGCACAUAUACCUUACAGCCUUUCUUUUCCUGCAACUUCACUCUUUGAUCACUGCUAUCGUGUGUUUGAAUCACCGUUAUAUCAUAAUAUUAUAU